ACAAAAGCUUCAAGCAUAACUCCAUCAGGCACUCAAAAGAAGGUGAAGAGGACUCUGCCCAACCCACCUCCAGAGGAGGCAACAGCAGGAACUCAGUCACCAUAUACUUCUGUGGGAUCAGUUUCACGCAGAAGGAUUUGUAGGACCAAUACUAUGGCCAGAGCCAAAAUUCUUCAGGAUAUAGACAGGGAAUUGGAUCUGGUCGAACGUGAAUCAGCCAAGCUUAGGAAGAAGCAAGCAGAGCUAGAUGAAGAGGAAAAAGAAAUAGAUGCCAAGCUGAGAUACUUGGAAAUGGGCAUUAAUAGGAGGAAAGAAGCCUUGCUAAAAGAAAGAGAAAAGAGAGAACGUGCCUAUCUCCAAGGAGUAGCAGAAGAACGUGAUUAUAUGUCAGACAGUGAAGUUAAUAAUACCAGGUCAACCAGAAUAGAAACUCAGCACGGCUUGGAAAGACCACGUACUGCGCCCCAGACAGAAUUUAAUCAGUUUAUGCCACCACAAACUCAGCCAGAAACAGAGUUUGCCCCUGCUACAAGCCCAUAUGCUCAAUAUCAGUAUUCAUCUCCUGCCCUGCCUACCCAAGCACCAUCUCAGUUCACGCAGCAAUCACAUUACCAACAACAGCAGCCUUUGUAUCACCAGCAGGUUUCACCCUAUCAGACCCAGACAGCUUUCCAAACAGGAUCUACCAUGUCCUUUACUCCACAGGCUCAACCUCCACCAUCUCAACAGCCAUCAUAUCAACUCCCAUCACAGAUGAUGGUGAUACAGCCCAAGCCAAGACAAACAACAUUAUAUUUGGAGCCUAAAAUAACAACAAACUAUGAUGUAAUUCGCAAUCAGCCUCUCAUGAUAGCACCAGUUUCAACUGACAAUAAUUAUGCAGUUUCUCAGCUAGGCAGUAAGUACUCUACCUUGGACUUAAGGAUAGGGCUAGACGAGAGAAACAGCAUAGCAAGCAGCCCUAUAUCAAGCAUAUCUGCAGAUUCAUUCUAUGCAGAUAUAGACCACCACCAUACACCCCGAAAUUAUGUGCUGAUUGAUGAUAUAGGAGAGCUUACUAAAGGAACAGGAGCACUUGGUUCCAGUUUUAGCCUCCACGAGAAAGAUCUGACCAAAACAGAUCGACUGCUUCGCACAACUGAGGCCAGGAGAGCACAAGAAGUGCCAGACUUCCUAGCACCACUGCAGACUUCUUCUAGGUUACAUUCCUAUGUUAAAGCUGAUGAAGACCCAAUGGAGGACCCUUAUGAGCUCAAACUUCUGAAACACCAGAUAAAACAAGAGUUCCGUAGAGGUGCAGAAAGUCUUGAUCAUCUGGCUGGCCUCUCACAGUAUUACCACGCAGAGGGCAGCUACAGGCAUUUUCCAAAAUCUGAGAAAUAUAGCAUAGGUAGACUUACUCUUGAGAAACAGGCUGCUAAACAGCUCCCAGCAGCCCUCCUUUACCAGAAGCAGUCAAAACACAAAAAAGCCUUGAUAGACCCCAAACUAACAAAGUUUUCACCUAUCCAAGAAGGCAGAGACCUUGAGCCUGACUAUUCAACCUAUAUGACUUCUAGCACUUCAACACUUGGGGGAAUUACUACUAGGGCAAGGCUUCUUCAGGAUGAUAUCACUUUUGGCCUUAGAAAAAACAUCACUGACCAACAGAAAUACAUGGGGCCACCACUGACUUCAUCCAUUGGAGCAGGCCUUGCGACUGCCCUAGGUCCAACAGUGAGAUCCACAUUACAAGAUGAAGCAGACAAGUCUUAUAGCAGUGGUAGUAGAUCUAGGCCCUCAUCUAGACCCUCAUCAGUUUAUGGGCUUGAUUUGUCAUUGAAAAGGGAUUCUUCCAGUUCUUCCUUAAGACUGAAAGCUCAAGAAGCUGAACCCUUAGAUGUUUCCUUUAGCCAUGCAGCACCUUCUGGAAGAACUAAACCCACCAGUCUACCUAUUAGCCAAAGCAGGGGAAGGAUCCCAAUAGUAGCACAGAACUCAGAGGAAGAGAGCCCACUAAGUCCUGUUGGUCAGCCAAUGGGAAUGGCAAGAGCAGCAGCUGGACCCUUGCCACCAAUAUCCGCAGAUACCAGGGACCAGUUUGGAUCGAGCCAUUCAUUACCUGAGGUCCAGCAACAUAUGAGGGAGGAGUCACGGACUCGGGGCUAUGAUCGAGACAUAGCCUUCAUCAUGGAUGACUUCCAGCAUGCCAUGUCAGACAGUGAAGCCUAUCAUCUCCGUCGUGAAGAAACAGAUUGGUUUGACAAGCCCAGGGAGUCUCGUCUGGAGAAUGGACAUGGCCUCGACAGAAGGCUGCCGGAGAAGUUGCCCCACUCUCGGCCACCAAGUCAACACCAAGAUCAAAUAAAUGGGAAGCCCCUGCAGUACAUUUUCCCUCAUGCAAGGCUCAAACUGCUGAGAGACCCAAAGGAUCACACAGUUUCAGGCAAUGGACUGGGAAUCCGUGUUGUAGGUGGGAAGGAAAUUCCAGGAAGCAGUGGGGAAAUUGGGGCUUACAUUGCCAAGAUCUUGCCUGGGGGCAACGCAGAGCAGACGGGGAAGCUGGUGGAAGGAAUGCAGGUGCUGGAAUGGAAUGGCAUCCCCUUGACUGGGAGAACUUAUGAAGAGGUCCAGAACAUUAUUAUUCAACAGAGUGGGGAAGCAGAAAUAUGUGUAAGACUGGACCUGAACAUGUUCUCAGACUCUGAGAAUCCCCAGCACCUGGAGCUGCAAGAGCCAGUAAGGGCAGUAGACAAAGUGAAGUCCCCGGGGGUUGAUCCCAAGCAGCUGGCUGCAGAACUCCAAAAGGUUUCUCUGCAGCAGUCGCCUCUAGUUGCUUCCUCAGGAGUGGAAAAGGGAUCUCAUGUUCAUUCUGGAACCACUUCUGCCACCUCCAGUGCUGUUCCCAGCCCUGGUCAGCCGGGUUCUCCCUCAGUGAGCAAAAAACGGCACAGCAGCAAGCCCACUGAAACUACAAAGUCUGCUUCCCAUACAAUCACUGGAGAAAUUCAGCUUCAAAUCAACUAUGACAAACACCUUGGCAACCUUAUCAUCCACAUCCUUCAGGCAAGAAACCUUGCUCCCCGAGACAACAAUGGCUAUUCUGACCCCUUUGUUAAAGUUUAUCUUCUUCCUGGAAGAGGACAAGUCAUGGUUGUUCAAAAUGCAAGUGCUGAGUACAAGCGGAGAACUAAGUACAUACAGAAAAGCUUGAAUCCUGAGUGGAAUCAGACGGUCAUUUAUAAAAAUAUCUCCACGGAGCAGCUGAAAAAGAAAACACUGGAAGUGACUGUCUGGGAUUAUGAUAGAUUCUCCUCAAAUGACUUCCUUGGUGAAGUAUUGAUUGAGUUAUCCAGUGUCUCUCAGCUUGACAAUACUCCUCGGUGGUACCCUCUGAAAGAACAGAGUGAAAACAUUGAUCACGGGAAAUCUCAUUCUGGGCAGAGUAGCCAACAAACUCCAAAACCAUCUGUCAUCAAGAGCAGAAGUCACGGAAUCUUCCCGGACCCCUCCAAGGACAUGCAGGUGCCCACCAUUGAGAAAUCCCACAGCAGCCCAGGCAGCUCCAAAUCUUCCUCUGAAGGACAUCUGCGCUCUCAUGGUCCAUCCCGCAGCCAAAGCAAAACCAGCGUCACUCAAACUCACCUUGAAGACGCUGGGGCAGCCAUCGCCGCUGCUGAAGCAGCUGUCCAACAGCUUCGCCUUCAACCAAGUAAAAGACGCAAAUAAAUUCCUCAGCAUGGCAGCUUAAUGUUCAUCUGUUGCCUUUUUCCCUGCUGUCCUUCCCUUUUCGGCUAUUUUUUUUCUGUUCUUGGCACACUGUGCUCUCUCUGCUCAAUGUCUUUCUUUGUGUGCCUGUGUGUGAAUACAUAUAAUUACAAUAUACUCUUGUAUUU